AUGUUCUGCAGGCUACUAUUGUGACUGGGGCUCCAGCAGUCCGGAGCAGAGCCUCUGUCCUGCCGGUUUCUAUUGCCCCACAGGCAUACACCAGCCCCUGGCCUGCACUGCAGGCACUUACAGCUCCGUCAUGGGCAACAGUCACCGAGAAAAUUGUGAGCCAUGUCCAUUAGGCUACUACUGUCAGGGGGAAGCAGUAGCAGAGCCUCUUCCAUGUCCACCGGGGCAUUUCUGCCCCACAGGCACAUCACAGGGCACUCAGUUCCCCUGCCCUCCAGGAACAAUGCAGCCACAGUCUGGGACAGCCAGUAUAGAUGAAUGUCUACGAUGUCCUGCAGGCAUGUUUUGUGCUCGCCAUGGUCUUUCAGAGCCUACAGGGCGCUGCCAGGAUGGAUUUCACUGCCCUUCGUGCCACAAGUCCCAACGGCACUGGAAAUGUGAUUGAAUCUACAGGCAACAGCAUGUGCCCGCCUGGCCAUUAUUGCCCAACUGGUAUCGGCUCUCCUCUCCCAUGCCCCGCUGGAACAUUCUCCAGCUCUCCAGGGUUGAGUGGGGCGGAGCAGUGUCAGCCAUGUCCUCCUGGGUACUUCUGUGAGCAGACUGCUAUGGUCUAUCCAUCAGAAGCAGCUCUCUGUGAUGCUGGAUAUGUGUGUAUCAAUGGCAGUCGUAGUGCUCGACCGGUAGAUGGACUGCAGGGUUAUAUUUGUCCAAGCGGACACAGUUGCCCCAUUGGUACUCCAUUGGAAGUGCCUUGUGAGCCUGGCACAUACAGCAGUGCUCCUGGUGCCGCCCACUGUCUCUCAUGCCCAGCUGGCACUAUGUGUCCUUCCCCUGGCACACAGGAGCCAUCCCCAUGUCCCAUGGGUCAUUUUUGCCCUGUUGGCACUGCUGCGGCUGUACCCUGUCCUGUGGGCUCACUGGGACAGGUUACCAGAGCUCAAUCGGAGGCUGCCUGUGUGCCCUGCCCUACCGGCCUUUACUGCAGUUCACCUGGAACGUCACAACCACAGGGCCAGUGCCAGCAAGGUUAUUUCUGCCAAGGAGGGUCUCCAAAUCCUGCUCCUCUGAAUACAACUGGCUACCUCAGGAAUGGCCCCUGUCCGAAGGGUCACUUUUGCCCUUCUGGAACCCUUAUGCCUUUGCCUUGCCCAGCAGGCAGCAUUCGUAAUCUCACAGGGGGUUACUCCAUAGAAAGCUGUCUUCCCUGCCCAGCAGGACAUUACUGUGCUAGCGAGGGCCUGGAUGCUCCAACUGGACCCUGUGCUGCAGGCUUUUACUGCCCAGUAGACUUCUCCUCCACCACCCCACACGCCUUCCUCUGCCCCAAGGGUCAUUACUGUCCCUUGGGCUCAACCCUGGCCUUGCCCUGCCCCACGGGACAGUACCAGCCAAAUCCGGGCUCGGAUAACUGCAUCCCCUGCCGUCCAGGCUAUUACUGUGAGGAGGCAAUUAUCGGAGACCCCCGGCCUUGCCCGCCACACUCCUACUGCCCUGCAGCAACAAUGGUUCCUCAGCCCUGUCCUAAUGGCACAUACACCCCACUUGAGGUGGGGGGUUUGCAGGAGGAGAGAGAGUGUUUGCCGUGUCCACCAGGAAAGUUCUGCAAGGCUGGCCAGGUGAAAGGCCUGUGUGCUGCUGGAUUCCUGUGCAUCUCUGGCAGUUCAGAAUUCACUCCUCAGGCCGCCUUUCUGCUAAACAGAGACCAGUGUGAGUGGGGAGCACAGUGUGCUGGACUGUGUCCUGCUGGCUUUUAUUGCCCUGUAGGCACAGAGGAACCUUUAUCUUGUCCUGCCAACACUAUAAGAGAAACCCCUGGAGCAAGUACUAUACAUGACUGUCUAACUUGUCCUCCAAGACACUGGUGCCAAGAGGGUGAUCCCAUCCCACGUAUGUGUCCACCAGGCUAUUACUGUGACGGAAUAGCUGAUUAUGAGUCUAAGGGGCGGCCGGGGCCUAGAGAAUGUCCCCUGUUUACAUACAGGCCCAUGUCUGGGGCAGGAAGCAAAGGAGACUGUCUUACCUGCCCCCCUGGCACUUUUUGUAACUCCACAGGGCUCACUGAUUUCUCAAGCUUCCUUUGUCCACCGGGUCAUUGGUGCAGUGGGACAGGUUUCCCCGUGCCCUGCCCUGCAGGCACCAUGAGGGCACAGGCAGGGGCAGCUGCUGUCAGUCAGUGUGAGCCUUGCCCUCCUGGUACCUUCUGCCCAGACCCUCGCACCUCGGGCCAGCCCAAUACAGCAGGCAUCCCAUGUCAAGCUUCUUACGAAUGUCCUGCAGGGUCAGUCACAGAGACCCUUUGCAGAGCUGGUUCAUACUGUAGACCCCAGACAGGAGAUCCCACACCGUGUCCUGCAGGAUACUUCUGUCCUGAAGGAUCUCGCACCUACAGCUCACCACAGCAAGUAUGUACUUUUCCACAUUACUGCCCAGCCAACAGCUCUACCAUGCUGUCCUGUCCGGAUGGCUGGAUGCCGCUGAACACCAGCGGUUUAAGGAAGUCUCAGGAGAGCAGCUGUGUGCUGUGUGGGGCCGGCACCUAUCGGCCCAGUCGCUCCCCUUACCUCCAGUGCCUCCUCUGCCCUCCAGGACAUCACUGCCCUCCGGGCUCACACCAUUAUAGUGAUCAACCCUGUCCAGUUGGGUACUUUUGUCCACAAGGCAGCUCCAAUCCUGUUCCCUGCCCGCCUGGCUCAUAUGGAAACCGCACAAGUGCUGAAUCACCUGAGGAAUGUCACAAAUGCCCACCAGGGACCUUCAAUCACUUGCACGCCCAGAGAGCCUGUUUCCCCUGUGGGAGCUCAUCCACCUCAGAUGCAGGGGCGUCCUCUUGUAGCUGCAUAGGCAAAAACCGUGCGUUCCAGCACUCAGAUGGGUCGUGCUUGUGUAAGACCGGUUUUGUCUUUUACAAUGAAUUAGACUUAAAAAGCUCCACCGCAGACAGUGAACUGGACUGCCAGCCUGAGGUGAAGAUGCGCUGUGGGGCAGGUCAGGUGAGACUGGCCUCUACGGUGGAAUGUGUUUUCCCAUCCACCUACUCCUGUAACGUCACAUGUGGACCUCAGGGUGGGACUUUGGAUGUUGGGAUGGGCAUUUGUCACUGCGAUAGGUACGUGUCAGCGGAGGAGCUGUGUAACUCUUCAUGUGUGUCCACACUGCCGGUGCUCUCUGCCAGACUGGAUACAGACGGACAGCUACUGUUGAGAAUCAAAGCCGCAGAUGAAAGCAAAACCUGGAGCAGGGAUAUGAUAAAUAUACUAGGACCUGAUGUUCAUGUCAAGAACAUAGGAAGGAUCCACUUCGUCCAGUUCGCUCCUGAGGGAGUGUUUGGUUGGAUUUUAAAAGACCCCUUGCUCGUUGAUUCUUUAGUAAGAGAACCUGUUGAAAUUCUGAAGAGUGAUUUCAGGAAGAAACGACAUGCUGAUCAGAAUGAGGUUUCCGAGCCUCUUCCACGGAUCCCAAAUCCCAUCGCAUGUCUGUCCCCAAAUGAUAUGCUCAUCUUUCAGCUCACCAUCAACCACACCGACCGCCACUACAGUCACAUCCCAGUGUACCAGAAGGAUCACCUGUUCAGCAGUAACCCUGGCUGGGAUUUUGGGGCAUUUAGACGUCUGCAGCAUCUUGUCAAACACACACAGCUAAAUUCCAGCAGAUUUGCGCAUGUGUUCAUGGAGCCGGGAAAGUAUGUGUUCCUGGAUAACGCAGUGCCCGACUGGACUCUGAUAGUGGUUGUGAGUGAACAGGGCUCCGAGUGUAACCCCACAAUGGCUGCCUUCCAGCCGACGACUCCUGCACAGCUUGUGCGACACGGGAUUGUUAAACAACACAGCUUAAACCUGCUUCCAGACUGGGGGCUCAUCAUAGGGAUCUUGUCUCUGUUGGUGUUGCUGAUAAUAGUGUUGACAGCCUCUGCUCUUGUCUUGAGACCAAAUCGGUCCAACCUCAUCGCUCAAGGGAGGCCAAAGCCCAAGUGGCGCAGCUUGGGUGAACCCAGUGUUCCUAUUGAAUAUGUUUAUAAUACAGAAAGUGUGGAAGACUCUGAGCUACUAGGUCUGAGAGGGGUGGGAGAGGGAGCAGAAUCAGAGGAACCUGCUGUUUGCAAAGGAGUUUUCAGAACUACACUAAUGGAGCUGGAGGAGUUUAAUGUGAAAACGCUGUAUGACAAGUUAGAGGAUCAGAAUUUACAUCUGGCAACACAGCUGGCAAAGCACCGCAAAGACACACAGGAGUUUUACAGGAACAUGUGCCAGCAAAUUGAUGCUCUGAGGGACACACUAGAAAAUAUGGAACCUUCAAAACUGAACCAGCUGAAAAAAAUACUAGACAAUGAAGUUCUGAUGAAAAGAGAAACUGCUCAUGAGCCGUGGAUGGGGCUGAUGGAGGCCGUGCUGAGAUCUUUGGAGGGAGUGCUGUGCAGAAUGAAUGGGGAGGUCUGGCAGCAACAGGACAGCACAGCAACAUACAGCCACAGAGACACUCGAGAGAGUGAACUUCACACCCGAUACACUCAGUUUUCUCCUGCAGACAUGUCAGAGUUUAAAGUGGGUGCAGACACAGAGGCAGCUUCCUCAGAUCCAGGUCAACAGCAGAGCACCAUCCCCUGCGUGAGUGAAGAGGAACUGGCCAAGUUUGUGUCUCUGACUCCUCUGUCCAAAACACUGCAGGAAAUAAAGGAAUCACUCCAGACACUCGCCCACACAUCCGACACAGAGGACGUAAUUAUCAGCCCAGCAGAGGGUGAACCAUCUGACCUGAUCCCUGUUGCCCUUGACAGCCUUUCCCCACAGCAUUUUGCUAUCUUCCUGUUUGGCUGCCAUGUUGUGCGUUUACUGAGCAGAGCUUGUUCCUUCCCCUCUGUCGUGCUGCUAUUGGCCAGGACGGUGCCAGUCUCUCACUGUGAUAACCUGCUGGCCUACUGCCAUAAAGACUUUUAUUACGACACAGCCAAUCAAAUUCUGUACAUCCUAGAGAGGAAGCUUCAAAAUGCUGGCCAGUUCAUCUCCAUUCUCUUACACUCAAUGGCCUAUAUCACCUCAGGCUCAAAAUCUCUUGAAUUCAUGAAAGCCUUCCACUUGGCCAUUUCAGCAUUAAGCAUGCAGUUGUUUCAUCACUGUUUCACUGAGGAUCAGAGGAAAAUAAAGAUGGAUGAGGAAAACACACCGGAGGCCUUUGGAACAUUAGUAGAGGACUUCUUCAGUGUAAAAAUACCCACUGAAACGCAUUUCACUGAGCACCUGCUGGCAGAGAGACUUCAAGUAUAUAAAUACUUCAAGUUGGAACAGCUCCUUCAAGAACUAAAACCAACUCUAAAAGACAGACAUGGAGAUGGACAAGGGCAAACUGGCCUAAAAACACAAGUCCCAGUGCCUCUGAUGGAAAGAGAAAUAAACCGACUUGAUGAAGUUUACCAGCAGCUCUCCUCUCAACUCCACAGGGCAACACACAUACGCAGCCCACCGGAGAAGAAAGAGCCCAGGUUUGACAAACCGCUUCAGGAGCAGCAGGUGAUGCUGGAGCUGCAGAAGUGUACGGUGGAUCAGAGACUGAAGGAGAUGAGAGACAGAUUUUCUAAACUGAGCUCAAGCCAGCGAGCGAGUCCUAAUGAAGACAGACUGGCUCACAGCACAGUCCUGGCUCAGGAAGACAACCAGACUCCCAGCAAACGCAAACCAGACAGCGGAGGAGCAGAGAAACAGACACCUGCUGCAGGACAGUCCAGCAACAAGAAGAUGCAGAGCAAGCAUGUGGACAAAGAUGAGGAAAAGGGUGUGACUGCGUGAGGAAUAAUGUUUGAAAAUGGUGAUUAUUCUAAAAAUAAUGUCUUGUCUUUAUACUGUGUUUUACUCCUACAGAUCUUACAAGUUACAAUCAUUUUAUCCAUUCAUAAUGACUGCGAAACUUGUGUGGCACAGUCACAGACAGUCAGAAGAUAUUUAAUGUUUAAACUACAGUUAUAAUGAGCAGGGCAAGACGAAAUAGAAACAGAAACCAAAAUGUCCUUUCAGUUGUCACUUGUAGAUGUCAUUGCCGUUUAAGACAAAACUCACAUGGAGGAGAUGGAUUUAACAUUUAACACCCCUGGUUUAGAAGCAGUGUUAUGCUUAGCAACUUAGCAAAUGUAGUCACAACCUUAAAACUGUGAAUCUUUAUGGUUUGUUUUUAAUUUUCAUCAAUGUAUGCAUAUAUUUACACUACUGUUCAAACAUGUAGGGUUGGUAAGAUUUUUUAAAAAUGAUUUUGAAAGAAGUCUCUAAAGGAUGU